CGAAUCAUCGCUACUGCAGUGAUUGGCAGUCGCUUGUCCAGCCCCUUCAUAGUCCAUGAGAUCAUAAUGCACCACAAACACUUAGAAAUCCAGAUAUUUACGGACUGUUAGGUAUAAUCAAAGCAAGGAUUAUGGCUUCAGAAGCGAUGGAGUUGAAUGGAGGUGUAAACCGAAGGGAUGAUCCAGGAGCGCGUCCUCAACAGGGCCGCAUGUCAAGGAACACCCCGCUUAACAUGAACCAUUACGCCAACAAGAAGAGUGCAGCGGAGAGCAUGCUGGAUAUAGCGCUGCUGAUGGCCAACGCGUCCCAGCUGAAGACGGUGCUGGAGCUCGGACCCUCCUUCUCCUUCUACAUCCCCCUCAUCACCCUCAUCAGCAUCUCCCUCACCCUGCAGAUCAUCGUGGGUAUCCUUCUCAUCUUCAUAGUGAAGUGGAAUCUGAACGACUCAAGUAAACACUACAUACUGAAUCUCCUGGAGAACAUCGUCACCGCUCUCGUCUUCAUCGUUGUUGUAGUCAAUGUUUUCAUCACAGCUUUUGGCGUCCAAAGACCAGACGACAAGACAUCGUAACCUGCAACACUCUGGACAUUAUCAAUAAUCAAAACAUAACACACUCAAAUGUGCCUCUAUGUAAAUAUCCACAUUUGGAAAACCUUAUUUUCAGUCCUAGAAAUGAGGCAAUAACAGCUGGAAUGUUAUCAAUUGUGUAUCACACUGUAAAUUAUUACGAACGCAAAUGUAAUGGCACAUAACUGUUAUAUCGGUAAUUGUUUAUGUGUAACUCACAAAGUAACAAAUAUUCUGUUACUGCAGUGCUUCCCACACAUAGACUUUACUUGGGCGGGCCGACCAGGUAUAUUAACAGCCGCUCAAGUAUAUUUAGUGACAUUUUUCUACUGUUAUUAUCAUCCCUUAAAAUUUUUUUGUAUCCGCCCAAUAUAAGCAAACAUCCGCGAGCGGUUAAGUAGUGGAAAAUCUUCUCUCCUUUACUCGUUUCAUACUGCUCAUUCUGUGUGUGCGAGAACUGUCAACAAUCACGUGCUCUGCAGACCCACAGAGACCUGCACCUUUUUGCGUCCCGCCGGUAUUUCUAAAUGUACAAAAAUGUCCGGGAUUUGCUUUUGUUUUCCAAGCUGCUGUUAAUUUUAUGUGCACAGUCGCGAGAGCAACAUUAAAUAAUUAAUUUUUAAAUCUAAACGACUCAGAAAAACUUGACUAAAUUCUCGGAGAGGAUGAAAUUACAUCUAGAUUGGCUGCAGAAUAUAUGGCUGUACACCAUUAGAAACGGGUCAUUAACUCAUUUGUCUUAUUUAAAUAUGUUUUAUUCUUGUAAUUAUUAUAAUUUUAUAAGAUAUUGUCUGUUUUUAUACAUUUUUUUGUCAUUUAUUUCUCAUUCGCUGUAUAUUUUAUUAAUUUGAUUGUCCAUAUUUUACAUAUUUUAUCCAUCUGAAAUGCUUUGGCAAUGCUGUACAAAAUGUAAUGCCAAUAAAGCAAGCUGAACUUGAAUAAGAGAUAGAGAGAAGCAGAUUUGACCUGUCAGUGGGUGCACAUGGCUCCUGAAUAGCAUAAAAGAGAAAUAGUGAUUUUUUUUUUAAACUCUAACCCAUCUAAAAGAAAAAGUUAUAACCAGAUAAUAACAAAAAUAUUGUUCAAAAUCAAAUUAUGUUUGUCGUAUAUAGUUAACUAUUUAUGCGCUGUGGGUACUAGGUGUGUUUCCAUCCGGCUACCACUGCAAGUAUAUUUCAAACCUGUGGGAAGCACUGUACUGCAGGAGUGAAAACUAUUUAGUCAUACCAUAAAUUUAAAAAAUGGUCCAUCUGAUACCUUGAACUGUGAAAGCCUCAAAGCAAUUCAUAACUAUUUUACCAGAGUUUCUGAGGGUGUUCAUUCAUCCUUACAGAAUUUAGGCCAGUAUAAAUAUGUAUGCAGACAUCCAAAAAUCUGUUUGCUUGAAUCUUGCUUUGUUAAGAUAUGAACAAAAGUGAGUUUAUUUGUAAAAACUGAUCAAAUAUCGGUCUUAAAGCCUUACAUGUAAUUUACCUUUAUAAAAGCUGCAGAAAACUUGUUUCUGUUUUGGUAAAUGUGAGGCUAACUCAGGGGCAUUAUUCUGUUAUAAUCAGUGUUGGGGAAAGUUCCUUUUGAUAGUAAGGCAUUACAAUACUGAGUUACUCGCCAAAAAAGUAAAUAGUUGCAUUAAUUAGCUACUUUUUAAUGGUAAGUAAAUCAUUACGGUACUUUUGCGUUACUUUUCCUUAACUGGCUGAGACUUGAUCUCAUUUUAGAAAUUGCAGGGUUUUAUUUUAUUUAAUAGAGGAGCUCUGCAAUUAACACACCGUGUAACCUGCAUUUACCUUUUAAAAAAUAACAAUAAUAAUUUAGGAUAAUAUUGGCUAUGUCCGAAACCGCAAACUUCCAUACUAUAUAGUACGCUAAAAUCAGUGUGCGAGCUGAGCAGUAUGUCUGAAUUCGUAGAAUUCGAAAAUCAGUAUGCGAGCAUCCCAUGCACGCUGCACUUUCCCAUGAUGCCUUGCGAAAGAAUUCAUGAAUGGGAUUGAAGCAACUUAACUGACUCGGUAUGUCAUGUGAUUAUGACAAAAUGGCAGAUAUAGUAUGUUAGAAUUCCAUUCAUACUACUCACAUUCAUACUGUAUAAAACGUACUUUUCUAGCAGCCGAGUAGUACAUUUAAAUUCAAAUGCAGUACCUACUGAGUAGUAGGCAAGUUCAGAUGCAGCCGUUAUCCUCUGAGAACUUCUUUAUCCCUGAUUAAUGAAAGCUUAAAGCAAUUUGUUUGCUACUUUUGUACUUUUUGUCGUCUUCAUUGAUGCGUUCAAAAUAAUGUAACGAUUCAAUGUGAUGACCUUCAUUUUACUUCAGUAAUUUAUUCUUAAAUGCUAAAUAAACUAAUAAGUAACUCAAAUAAUAUGACUUAAUUUUUUAAAGGCAUUGUGUUACUUGUUACUUAAAAAGGUUGUACUAUCACGUAACUUGCGUCACUUGUAAUGUCCCAACACUGGUUCUAACACGUAUAUGCUCCCAGUCAAAAGUUUUUGACUUUGGUUUCACCAAAGGUGCAUUUUUAUAAUCGUAAAUUCAAUUCACUCAAUAUUAUUGUGAAAUAUUAUUUAAAUUUAGAACUGUUUUCUAUGUGAACAAUGUAGAUGUAAUUUAUCCAGUGUCCAUCAAAUUUAAGAAAUAGUUUCAAUUUGAAGACAUUUUCCUUGUGUUGCUUCAUGUUUUUGUCAAAAUUGUGAUAUAGCAACAUUUAAAAUGUUAUAUAAUUUUUGUAUUUUUUAUACUUAUACUUCUGAAUCACAAAUUAAAUCAAAAGUGAUAGCUAUUCCAUUUCUUGACCAUUUUGAGGUAUGUAAACCUAAAUGCUCCCACCCUAUUUCCUGUUUUACAUUUUUUUUUUAUCACUUCAGAGAAUCCAAAGAGAGUCGCAUAUUGAUAAUGUUAUGAUAGCUGUUUUAACAAUAAGUUAUGAUUGAAUUGCCUCUUGUUAAAUUACAGUUUGUUAACAAGCAGGAAAUGUUCAUGGGCCAACGACAUGACCACAUCAAAAUGGUCAAAAAUCUAAAUCAAAUUCAUCAUUUUCAGCUUACCAAGUAUAUUUUCCCCCCACAAAAGUAUAAUUUGGAACUAAAUAUUGUAAUCACUCAAUAUAAGAUAUAAACGAUUGAACAAACCACACAAAUAAGCAUCUGAUUUGAGGAAAAAAGUUUUCCUUGAAUUUACUGUGGACUUUUAUUCUGCCUAACGUUACCUAAAAACAUCGAUGUAUAGACUCCGUUCAGCACACUGGCGUUGUCUUGAACAAGAACAAAGUUGGUCAAGUUUGCGUUUGUUUUUGCUUAAAGGUCAUUUAGAGGCUUUGCUGUGUUAAUAGUUCAAAAGCAGAAUAAACUGCUUACGAGAAAAGUCCUUGCCAAAUACAAAUACUACGUUUGACUUGUCAAAGUUACACAUUCGAUUAUCUUAAAGUUCAAUCUGUUUUUUAUCAGUUGGCUCAAACAAAUUACAAAAUUAACUGCCGAACGUUACCUCAGAAAUCUUUUUCAUUUGAGACUGAUAGAACAGCGCCCUCUGGCGAGAAGGAGCCGCGCUACACAUUUCAAAACAAAUUGCCUUUUUUCUAAAUGAUAUUUAAUGUUUAGCGUUUUCAUAUUUGUCUUGAUUCUUUAUAGUCAAAUGUCUAUGCAUUUCUUGAGCUUUUUGUAAAUUUUCUAUGUAUAUUGUUUGUAUGAAUUACCAAAUAUUUCCGUUGUUUUUCAUUUUUAGAUGACAGUAUUGUGUAAAAAUGACUUCUUUGUGGAUAUAAAUUAGACUAACAGUUGUCUGUAUGUUUAUAUUGCACACUGGCUUUCUUAAGUCCUGAUGCUGCUGCAUGUAAGGGCAAAUCUAACAUUCUUCUAUCAAUAAAAUGCCUUUUUUAGCAAA